AUGAUACUCGGCAUCGGCGUCGACGUCCUCCACCUCCCUCGACUUCGCUCGCUUCUCGCCCGUCGCGACCCAACUGCACUCGCUCGCAGGAUCCUUUCACGGGAUGAGCUGCUUGAGUGGAGCGACUUGAAGAUGGACAGCGAUCUCAGCGAGCGAUACCUGGCUUUGCGGUGGACUGCCAAGGAAGCGGCAUAUAAGGCGCUAUACCCGCACGUCAAAGCGAGCUGGGGCGACUUGCGGGUCCAGAAAGACGGCCCCAAACCACUCGCCCGCUUCGCCGACGACUUCAAGCCUAGCUCCACCGCUCUUAGCGACCUGCGCCAACUUCGACUGCACCUGAGCGUCUCUCACGAUGCUGAUCUGAUGGUGGCCUACGUCGUCGCGGAAGUGCAGCCCUGA